GCCAUACGCAAACUCCGCGCAAGAGGCCAACCGAUACGCCUAUUCGCAGAGUCCGAUCGAGAUCGCCGUUUGCGAUUACGGGCACUAGAGCUCUUGGAGGAGCGUGGAGCCGAGAAAGGAGCAGGUUUAAAUGACUUCCGACGCGUUAUGGAGCACAUGGAAAAGGGACUGAACGUUGAAGAUGCUGUGAAGAAGCUGGUUGGGAAGGACCAGCCUAAUGGCGAGAAAGAGCUCGCCACUGGUACUGGCAAUUCCAGUGGCGUCUCCGAGGAACAGAUGAUCGAUUUGGAACUCAUUAAAACUGACCCUGAUAAACUUUACCCAUUAAUAUACUAUGCCAUCAAAAGGAAAUUGAAGGAAUGGGAACAGUACAUGGCUGAACGCCCAGAUGACAUCAAGCAUUCAGUGCAAGGCAAGCGAGCGGCGGCAACCCAGGUUCAGUCUGGCGAAUAUUUGAAGCCUCUGUUCAAACAGCUCCGACAACGGAAUCUUCCCGCCGACGUGCUUGCGCGUCUUACUGAGAUAAUGCAUUAUAUGCAAACGCGACAGUAUCAAAAAGCGAAUGACUCAUAUUUACGGUUGAGCAUUGGCAAUGCUCCAUGGCCCAUCGGUGUCACUAUGGUCGGUAUUCACGAACGCUCAGCGCGAGAGAAGAUCUCGAUAGAUCAAGUGGCACAUGUCCUCAAUGACGAAGUUAGUCGAAAGUAUAUACAAAGUAUCAAAAGGUUACUUACUUUUGCUCAGACGAAGUAUCCUCCGAGCGAUGUUUCGCAACUUAUGGGCUGAUGGAUUUUUCCAACUUUUUGCUCUACUUGCAUCCUCUUAUUGUUCCUGUACCAGUACACGAUUAAUCUAUCUAUCGUCUGCCUUGUCUCUGCGCUUUCCUAAAUAG